AGCACUGAGCACGGUGGCCCUGGAGUCCUCCUACACUAGCACCUCCUGACACUUUCAGCACUGUGUCAUUUUCAAGUGAAAGAUUGGGCGGCAAGUCCCCAUGCUCCGCCUUCCAGCGAGCACCGCGCCUCCCGGACGGGAACAUGGCGGCCUCUGUGGUCCUGGAACGGAGCUUUACUGAGCUGAGCGGAGCAGAGAGGGAGAUCAGGAGGAACGUCCGGGACCUCACCCUCAGCCCCGGUGUUAAGCCUGUGAUUGGAGGCCCAAAAUAUAGUGAGAGCGCAGGGGGUUAUUACUACAAAGAAAGCAGCAGUCUCUUGUCCGCUACAAGGAAUCGGUUCUUACACUGGACUUCAAAUGCUGACACGUUAGAACUGGUGGAAGAAUCUUUGGACAUCAAUCUCCUAAAUAAUGCCGUCCGCCUCAAAAUCAUCAACUGCUCCAUUAUACCUGGUGGGGUCCACGUGUGUGAGACACAGAGUAACGUGAUCAUCUUGAUCCUAACAAAUCAGACGGUUCACCGGCUGGUCCUGCCUCACCCUUCAUGCAUGUACAGAAGUGAUAUCAUUACAGAAAGUCAUAUGCAAUCCAUAUUUACGGAUAUUGGGAAGAUGAAUUAUAGAGAUCCUUCUAACAGCUAUGUGAUCCCCCUGAUGCCUGGGCGUGCACAGAAUUCCAGCGCCUCCGCCGCCUGGCUCAGCAGUGAAGGAGAGGCACUUUUUGCAUUCCCAUCUAGCUCUGGUGGAAUCCUUGUCGUCAAGAUGCCGCCUUAUGAUGUGGACGGGGUUGUGACGACUGUGGAGCUGAAGGAAACCCGAGCUAUGCAGAUGCUAACUGGGUGGAUACCCACCGCUAUACGAGGAGACCAGGGUUUACCCCAUCAUCCUGUAAGUCUGGCGGUUCACUGCCUUAAACAUGACGCCUUCCUGUUCGCGUUGUGCCAGGAUCAUAAACUCCGCAUGUGGUCUUACAAGGACCAAAUGUGCCUGAUGGUAGCAGACAUGCUGCAGUUUGUGCCCGUUAGUAAGGAACUGCGCCAAACCCCGGGUAUCGGCCACAAAUUGAGACUGGCAUUCUCUACGUCAAUAGGACUUUACCUUGGGGUGUACUUGCACACACCCAGACAAGGACAGUUCUGCGUUUGCCAGCUGGUUACUGCUGAAAGAAAUCGUUACAGCCUGGAUCACAUCUCCUCCAUAUUCACUAAUCAGGAAACCUUGGUGGACUUUACGUUUACGCUGACGACCACUGAUAUUUGGGCACUGUGGCUUGAUGAGGAAAACCAAACCGUCGUAAAACACAUUAAUUUUGAACAGAACAUGGGUGUAUCAGAGAAGAAGCUUUGUAUCCCAGGGCAACCAGAAAACAAUAACCAGGCUGGCCAGUGGAACCAAGUAUUCAUCAUCCCUUUGCCAGAAGAGGAGCUGGCCAUUGGAGAUGAGCUAGACCCAAGGGAAACGUAUUUGGAGUGCCUGUUUGCCCCUGGGCGGUUCACUGUUGCUGCACUGCAUAAAGCCUUACAGAUGUAUCAAAGGGGCGCAGGAAAUCUGGAUCUCUCCUGGGAGGAAAUGAAGAAAGAGGUCACGUUAACAGUUGAAAAUGAGCUGCACAGCCGUGUCACGCAGUAUGGUAUAUCUCAGGAGGAGUUCCGCCAGUUAAAAGUGGAACACUGGUCUAAAUUCUACACCUGCUGCUUGCAGUACCAAGAGGAACUGUCCCAUCCCUUGGCACUGGUCGUGCACCCUUAUACCAGUAUGAUCUGCCUGCUUAAAAAGGGUUUCUCGUCUUUUCUGGCCCCUUGUUCUUUGGUGGAUCAUUUGUACCUAUUACCAGCAGAGCACUUGCUUACAGAGGAUGAAAGUGUCAUCUCAGAUGAUGUGGAUCUUGCCAGUGACACAAUCUUUCUGAUACAGUGUUUACGUGUGAUCGGAGAGUGUCUAUCUAUGGACAUGGCAUACAUGAUAGAGUCUGCCUGCUGCAGUCAGGAACCACCAGAGAGAGUUGCAAAACAGAUCUUGGAUGAACUGAUUGCAAAUGAUGUGGAGAACAUCCUGGAGGACAUUAACAAUAAGCUGCAGGACAUCAGAAACCCCAUCCAGGCCAUUGGGAACUUGCUCCGAGAAAUGGAUUAUGAGACGACUUCUUUGGAUAUAGAUCUUGGUCAACCUUUGAACGUUCGGAUGAAUCUCUCCAAUCUAUAUGGCAGUGCCACAGCCGCCAGCAUAGUAUGUCAGGCUGUCUGCAAAAUAUCUUCUACACGGUUCUUGAUUUGCCGUGACUUGCUCAUUCUCCAGCACCUUCUGUUAAGGAUGGGAGAUCGGGCCUUUGCAGGAAGCGGACAACUGCUGCAGUCACAGCAAGAACUCAUACCACGGACCUCUCAAAUGCUGCUAUCCUACUAUGUUAUCCGCUGGGGGAGCCAAUGCCUGGCGUCUGCGGUUCCUCUAGAUACAUUAGAAUCCAAUCUCCUGCAUCUGUCUGUCUUGGAGCUCUCUAACUCAACAGCGUUCACACCCGUACAGAAAUACGUUUCUGCGCCGCAGACAAUUGUGGAGUUAUUCUUCCAAGAUGUGGUGAGGAAACGAUUGUCGCAAAUCUUUGCUCGGUCUGAUGCUCCGCAAACGCACAGUCUGAACUGGACGCAGCUGAUCACAGACAUCACCACAUACCUUCUGCAGCACCUUUGGCCUGGAAACCCCGGCUUCCUCUUUCCGGAGUGUUUGAUGAGAAAUUGUCAGUAUACUCAGCUACAGGAGUAUGUCUGUCUGCUGCAGCCGUGGUGUCAAGUGAACGUUGGCUCUUGUCACUUUAUGAUGGGACAGUGUUAUCUGGUCACCGGUGAGGGGCAGAAGGCUCUGGAAUGCUUCUGCCGCGCGGCCUCCGAGGUGGAGCGAGAAGAUUUCUUAGAGAAAUUGAUCCGUGUGGAAGAUGGGGACCCUCCCUCCUCUGCUUGUCUGCAGUAUUACAACAGAGUGUUGCGUCUCCUGGAAGAUGUGGGCUUGCCAGAAAUGGUCAUUAAGUUAUCCAACAUGGCGAUUACGGAGGCUGCUGACGACUGGAGAAGUCAGGCGGCUCUUAGGACCCGGAUUUUCAAACAUCACUUGGACUUGGGACACAACAGCCAGGCAUAUGAUGCGAUGACACAGAUCCCUGAUCACAGCAGGCAACUGGACUGUUUGCGACAGCUGGUGGUAAUUUUGUGUGAGCGCUCUCAGCUUCAAGACCUAGUAAACUUUCCCUAUGUGAAUCUUCAUAAUGAGGUCGUCAGUAUAAUUGAAUCCCGCGCUCGUGCUGUCGAUCUGAUGACCCAUAAUUACUAUGAACUCCUGUAUGCUUUCCAUAUUUAUCGGCAUAACUAUCGUAAAGCUGGCACAGUGAUGUUUGAAUACGGAAUGCGUCUUGGCAGAGAAGUCCGAACCUUAAGAGGUCUUGAGAAGCAAGUGAACUCUUACCUGGGGUGUCUGAACUGUCUAUACCUCAUCCGCCCCGAGUAUGCCUGGAUAGUGCAGCCAGCGAAAGGAGCUGUGUAUGAGCGCCCAGGAGCAUCUCCUAAGCGGAGCCAUGACGGAGAAUCUGCAACCAUUCCCAGAAGUAGUCAGAUAGAGAUUCUGGAGCUUCAGGACUUGGAAAAGGAGUAUAUUCUGGCACAGACACGGCUGACGUUGGCUAAGCAUGAUAAGAGUGCCACUGCAGUAGCUGGAAGUGCAGCCGCCGAGGAAAUGGUCUCUCUCUUGGUGCAGGCUGGAUUGUUUGAUACGGCCAUUUUACUCUGCCAAACCUUCAAACUUUCCCUCACACCUGUAUUUGAAGGUCUGGCUUACAAAUGCAUCAAAUUACAAAGCGGUGGAGAGGCGGCGCAAGCCGAGGCGUGGCACUGGCUGGCCACCAAUCAGCUGUCUACUGUGGUCAUCGCCAAGGAGUCAUGUGCCACAGAUGAAGCAUGGAGACUAAUGACUUCCUAUCUGGAAAAGUAUAAGACCCAGAACAGUCUGUACCAUCGCUGUAUCAUUGACAAGCUGCUGUCACACGGGGUCCCUCUGCCCAACUGGCUAAUAAACAGUUAUAAGGCAGUGGACGCAGCAGAAUUACUCCGACUUUAUCUGAAGUACGAUCUCCUGGAAGAGGCUGCAGAGCUGGUCCUAGAGUAUGUAGAUGCCAUUUUGGGAAAAGGUCACCAGUACUUUGGGAUAGAGUUGCCUCUCUCAGCGGUGUCUCCGUUGGUUUGGCUGCCUUACUCUGCCAUCGACCAUCUCCUGCAGGCAUUGGAAGAGAACAAUAACAGUCAGCACAACAGAGAUCUCCUUGAGAAGCUGAAAGCCAAGCUUGAUGAAUACUUUAGUAAACUUGAGACCUCAACUACAAACCUGUUGUCCCUUCGGAGGAGCUAGCCCCAGCGGCCGUGUGGGGACACAUCUGACCAUGAUGGAACCAUGUUUGAAAUUGUAACUACAUUUGUAACUCAGCAGGAUGCCUCAGCCUGUUAUUUUUUGUAAAAUAAAAUUAAAAUAUUUUCUAUGA